AUGGCAAGCAUGUCCCAGCAAUAUUGCCUACGGUGGAACAAUCAUCGUUCGAACCUGCUGACGGUAUUCGACGAGCUGCUGCAGAACGAGGCGUUCACCGACGUGACGCUCGCGGUGGACGGCGGCGCCUCGGUGAAAUGCCACAAGAUGGUACUGGCAGCGUGUUCCUCCUACUUUCAAACGUUGUUCAUCGAUCUCCCGUGCAAACAUCCGAUCGUCGUGCUGAAGGAUGUGAAAUACUCCGAGAUAAAGGCAAUCUUGGAGUACAUGUACCGUGGCGAGGUAAACGUCGCGCAAGAACAAUUAGCUGGCCUGUUGAAGGUCGCCGAGGUAUUGAAGGUUAAAGGUCUGGUGGAGGAGAAUGGGUCGCAGGGUCGUCGCGAGGAGGUCGAAACCUCGAUGUCACCACCUCCUGCGAUUAGCACAAGCACCACCAGUGCAGCCCACAGCAGUGGACACACAUCGCCGCCACAUUCCACGGGGUCGUCGUACAACACAUACGGAAAAUCGAUGGAUCGAGGUCCGAACCGUCUCCCGUUACCGAUGUGGCCGCUCUCCGGGAUUCCAAUCUCCUCUCAUUCGAGCUCCAGCCACCAGGUGGCGCCCCAUCUUCAGCACUCGCCGAUGCUGACCGGCUCGUAUGAUAACGGCUUCGAAUCGUCGCCCCUGAAACGCAAGAAACUCUCAAAUAUGCUGAUGAACAGAGACACACCGAUCCUGAGGACGGUACUCGGCCAGGGUCACGCGGACAGCUCGCAGGGUAUCCCACUAUUACACCCAGACAGCCAUGAGAAUCACUUCAAGAACACCACCAGCAGCAACGGCUCGAACGACAGCGACAGACGCAACAGCACCGAGGUCGCCCACGGGGAACCGGCGCACAGCCCCUACACAGACGUGUCCAUGAUUGACGAGGACGAUAAGCAACCCUCGCCACAGUCCUAUUCCGGGGACGUGAAAUCAGGGAUCGUCAACUACGUUCCAGCCCAGAAGCCAGAGUGGAAGAGAUACAAGCAGUACACGCGGAACGACAUCAUGUCCGCUAUAGAAGCUGUCCGUUCAGGUAUGAGCGCGUUGCAGGCGGCACGUAAGUACGGAGUGCCUUCUCGAACACUAUACGACAAGGUGAAAAAAUUGGGGAUCACGACGUCACGGCCGUUUAAACGCGGUUCGAACGGCAGCGGAGCAUGCUUCCCAUAUGGGAUCGGUGGUAAUGUAAAUGGGAGUAUAUACGGCGGGACUUUCUCUGAGAACGAGAACGAGAACAGCAACGCGGUUAUCGAAAGUCCCGCCUCGAUCCUCGACACGUACAAGGCCAGAGAUGGUUUCGUCGAACGAGAGAUGCUGGACAUAGCUCGGUGCACGCCCAGCCCCGUUGUACACUCUGCGAAGCAACAGAACAACGAGGACCAGGUGGAGGAUUUGUCUGUGAGCCGGAAGUCGGAUGUCCGUGUGAUAGUACCGCCUACCUCGGUGGUCAAACAGGAAGAGGAGAUCGGUUCUGACUCCUGCAACCACAACUAA